AUUGGCGGAGAGUCGCCGUCAGCUGACUGGUCGACAAACUUUCUAGCUGGUCCGUAGGACCAGCUUCACAAAACGCUCGGCUGUGAGCUCGGACGCUGGAUUGACCGUUAAGAAAAGGAGAUGGACAUGCGUUAAGGUCAUACAAAGUGAUUAAUGUCAUUAAUACUUUUGUGUUUUCGGACUGCCACAGGAAUCUAGCCUCUUCUACCUGAAUCGGACAAUAUCUGCUUGAAAUGGCAGCCCUGAAUAGUGUUAACAUUAAGACUUUGGAAGAUUUGACUUUGGACUCGGGCUAUGGAGCAGGAGACUCUUACAGGUCAUUAAGUCUGUCUUCAUCGAAGUCCAACUCUCAUGUCAUCUCUUUUCCAAACCGGGGCAACUGGUGGCAGUACUCCGGUUCUAUGAACAGCAGGAAUGACAGCUGGGACACUGUUAACACAGUUUUACCGGAGGAUCUUGAGGAAAUUUUCUCCAAAUGUCCAAGACUGCCCGAUCUGGAGGAGAUUCCUUGGACAGACGACGAAGUUGACUUUGUGCUGCGAAAAGCUGCAGGCGAAGGUGUACCUUUUACAAAAGAAUUUGUGCGAAGAUUCUCUGCAUUAUUAGGCCGAGCUCUGCUGCGGAUAGGUAGAGAAGCUCAGCGCUUGAGCGUCUUGCAUUGCAGGUGCACUCGCUUUGAAGUGCAGAGUGCGAUCAGACUCGUGAUGAGCUGGGCGCUCGCCGAGAGCUGCGUAACGGCCACGGUGAAGGCCAUCUCGCUGUACAGUAUGAGCUCCGGGGAGGUAUUGCGGAAAAGCAAGUCCUCUCGCUGCAGGCUCACCCUCUCCGUGGGCCGCUUCUUCAGAUGGAUGGUGGACACUCGAAUAGCGGUGCGCAUUCACGAACACGCGGCCAUCUGUCUGGCCUCUAGCAUGGAGAAUCUUGUGGAAGAGAUUGCUGGCAGGGUGCUGUUGACCCACGGGUGCAUCAUCGGGUGCCCAGUCCCAGCAGAUGCACUAGAGGGGGUCGUCAACAAUGACGCUGAGCUUUACGGCCUCCUGCAAAACUACGAGCACCUCAUUUGCGGGAAAAACGCCAAUGGCGAGCUCUCCCUGCCCACACACUUCAGUCCAUAUGCAGAGGGCCCAGUCCCAGGGGCAGAGAGCAGAGAGGAGGCCUGUGCCGAGCUGGAGCUUCGCACCCUGGAGCAGGCCUUGCUGGCCACCUGCGUGGGAAGCAUCUUGGAGCUCAGUGACCUGGUGGCACGUGCAAUGCACCACAUGCAGCGGCUGGUCUCGGGGGGGCGUGUGCUCAGCCUGGGCCGCCCCAGCCACAGACAGCCCCUCUCCUGGUCUCCCGACGCCCUCCACACCCUGUACUACUUCCUGCACAGCCCACAAAUGGAAUCCCUGGAGAACCCCAACCUGGAGCCCCCCAGGAUGGCCCUCAGCAAGGAGAGGCCAUUCCCAUUACUGCCGCCUCUAAUGGAGUGGAUGCGUGUGGCGAUAGUUCAUGCUGAGCACCGACGGAGCUUGCUGGUGGACAGUGAUGAUGUGAGGCAGACAGCCAGACUGCUGCUCCCUGGACUGGACUGCGAACCCAGACAGCUGAAGCCAGAGUGCUGUUUCAGCUCUUUUAAGCGUCUGGACUCUAAGUCUGCCUCAGAGAAGUUCCACCUGGACCUGGGCUUUCGCAUGCUCAACUGCGGACGCACUGAUCUGAUUGGUCAGGCUGUCCAGCUCCUGGGUCCAGAUGGGGUUAACACUUUGGAUGACCAGGGCAUGACUCCUCUGAUGUAUGCCUGCUCUGCGGGGGACGAGGCCCUGGUCCACAUGCUCAUCCAGGCCGGAGCCGACCUGGACAUAGCCGUUCCAGGCUGCUCUCCGAAGCACCCCUCAGUUCACCCUGACAGUCGCCACAGGGUGGCGCUUACCUUUGCUGUGCUAUAUGGACAUAUAUCUGUUGUACAGCUGCUGCUGGACAUGGGUGCAGAUGUGGAAGGCUGCACUAUAAAGAAUGGACACCAGGGGGCAGGGGAAAGCCCCCUCCAACUGGCAUCUGCUGCAGGGAAUUAUGAGAUGGUAAGCCUGCUGCUGUCACGUGGUGCCGACCCCAUGCUCCCUGCGCACAGUGGGAGCUCGCUGUCAUCAUCACUGUAUGAAAACAUGAGCUGUUUCAGUCAUGCUGCAGCACAUGGCCACAGGAACGUGUUGAGGAAGCUGCUGACCCAGCCACACAGGCUGCAGGAGGACGUUCUCUCUCUGGAAGAGAUCCUGGCUGAGGGGGUGGAGGAGGAGCCAGGGUCACCGGGGAAGGAGGGGCCUUGGCCUGUCUCUACCCCCAGAGAAGGAGCAACCCCGUGCCUCUCCAGGGCCCGCAGCCGAGCCCUGCAGGAGGCCAGCCUUCACAGCGCCGAGCACGGCUAUCUGGACGUCAGCAUGGAGCUCCGAGCGCUCGGUGUGCCAUGGAGGCUGCACGUUUGGCUGGAGUCUGUGCGUGCUGCACACCACCAGUCCAGGGCUGAGCUCCUGCUCUCCCUCCUGAAGGACUUCAUCUCCGUGUGGGAGGAGAAAAUCCGCGAGGAGCUGGUCUCUGAUGGCCUGCCCCUGCUGUUCUCCAUCCUCAGAACCACCAAGAGUAAAGAGAUCCGUGAACAGCUGGGAGCCAUCUGUAGCCUCUGCUACGGCUCCGCUGCCCCGCCUCCUAUUCCCACGGCAACGGACACUCCUGCAGCUCAGCUGGAUGCCCAUUUCCUGAAUAACUCGGAGAUGUCAGAUGUGACGUUCCUGGUAGAGGGAAGGCUGUUCUACGCACACAGGGUCCUUCUCAUGUCUGUCUCACAGAGGUUCAAAGACCUGCUCAGCUUUCAUUGGUCUAAUGGAACAUCAAACCACAAUAUAAUUGAAAUUACAGAUAUCAAGCACAACACUUUUCAGAUGCUGAUGGCUCACCUGUAUGGUGGAGCACCACCAAGUUCAGAUGUGUCUGUCUCUGAUAUUUUAGAGCUCCUCCUAGUGGCCCAUGCCUUCCAACUCAGCACUCUUAAGAGGCGAUGCGAAAUCCACUGCUCAGAAAGAAUGACUGUCCGCAACGCUCUCCCCAUCUACCACGCAGCCAAGGCAGGCGAUGCGGCCGAGCUGGUGACCUUCUGUGAGGGCUUCGUCCUGCAGAACAUGGGCGAGGUGCUGCAGCAAGACUCAGAGGAGCUGCUGGCGUCUGCAUGCACCCCCACCCAGGAGCCAGAUACCCUGCAUGGCCUGCAGGUGGUGCUGGCCUCCCGGAUCCGCUCCUUCUGCAGCCCAGCCACGAUUUGAAGAUCCUGGAAUGGCAUGGAGGAGCUGUUGAUGGACAGCCUGGGUGGAAAUGGGCCACAGGGGCGCCCCCUUUUGACUGACAUUUGCACAGGUUGUUGAGUCAGCUCUGCAUGUCUGUUAGUUGGUGAGCGGCAGACUUAGAGCAUGUAGUUGUUUUAAGAUGGAUUGCGUCCAAGUCACCAAGACAUAUAUACCUCUAGGUGGUCUCUUGGAGAAUACAUUCAGAUAUGGAUUGACAAGAAAACAGACCACAUGCCUAUGCAGUGGAGCGAUGCGUUGUCAAUAAAGGAGAGUGCAGUGAUAUGGUCAUAGUAAACUGUAACUGUAAAGUUCAGAGUGAACUGAGCAAUAGCUCAUUUAUAUAUCGAGAGCUUUUUUCCUAGGACAGCACAUGCACAUACCACUUACAUACAGGGAGAUGUAAGAUCAGUGUUGUAGCAGUAGUGCCUUCUAGUGGGCAAAAGCCAAACACAGUAGCAAUGUGAGUAAAAAAAAAAAUUGUGGAAAAAAAAUGUUUUUUUAAAAACACUAACUUGUACAUAAUUUUGUAUACAUUCAUACAUCUGUCUAUUUUAGUGUCUAAAUAUGUUUCUGACGUAUUACACAAAGGGCUAAGCUGGAACAUUGGGACCGUUUUAAACUAAAUUAUUCGAUUUGACAUUUCUCUGUUCUGCUAGUCUUUUUAAAUUAAUCUAAAUGUAAACCUACAGUUAAAACAAAAAAUGUCAGUGCAGUAAAUAAACAUAGUGCUGGAUUUGCA